AUGCUCCACCGCAGCAACAACAUCAUGCUCAUGCAUGCCCAAAGCGAGCAGGCGGACGACUCGGACAGCGAGUACGAGUACGGGUUUGUACUCAACGACGAGUGGGCCGAGCACUUUGCGCGCAAGCAGACCGUGCGUCGAGCGGCCACAAAAGGCGCCCAGCCCAACCGGCGCAAGAAGGACCGACGCGCUUUACGAACCAAGACGCCGGAGCCAAGUCCGCUCCUCUACGAACUUAGCGUCGGUGCACUCGCACAGCGUACGUGGCAGCCCGAGAGCGCUCGCGUUCUUGCGUUGGAGCGCCAGAUGGAGCACGCGUUCACCGUGGCCUUUAGCAACCCGCUUGAUGUGUGCUUGUACAACUCGUAGUCAUUUAAAUGGAGCCCAAAAUCUAG